CUAUUUUUUGCCCAUAAAAGCUAUUUUUGAACCAGUGUGCUUAGACUCUGUUGGAGAAGACAAUAUAAGUAGCUACAGAGACUGCAAGCUUGAAGUACUUUCAUGACCUUUUCAAAGCUGCCAUCGUGUCAAUGCGCAAUUGGGCAGCCAGCAAACCACGACCUGCGGCAAGUGGCAACAAGGGGGCCUGAAAAGUAACGCUGCGCGUCUCGCGAAAAAUCCUUCUGCUGUGACCCCAUUCCCAAGAAACGGACUUGCAAAUGUCCUCACUAUAAUCAGGUGAGCUCUCUCCCUGCGACUUAAUCGUGGACGCUGUUGGAGGGACCGAUUCGUUUAUUGAAGACAAUUGGAGCCUGGGGAGAGUAUGGACUCAUAUUUGUGACUCCAACUCACGAUGACAGAUCGCAGCAGGACUGUGGAUGCACUCUUUAAAAGUCUGGAUAUUUUAAAGGAAGCACCAUGGACGCAGCGGACAUAGUUGCUUCCGUUUUGGUUUUAGGGAUUAUUAUCGUGUCGUUGCUGUCCAACGUUGUGGUGCUGAUCUGUUUUCUGUAUAACCCAGAGAUCCGCAAACAGGUACCCGGUCUUUUUAUUCUCAACUUGACGUUUUGCAACCUGUUGCUUAGCGUGUUCAACAUGCCACUAACUCUGGUCGGGCUCAUCAGCACGGGCCACCCCGGAGGCAGCAGCUGCUGCCAAAUUGUGGGUUUCCUCGACACUUUUCUUACCACUAACUCCAUGCUCAGCAUGGCAGCUCUCAGCAUCGAUAGGUGGGUGGCGGUGGUGUUCCCUCUGAGCUACCACUCAAGAAUACGGCACCGGGAUGCAGUGAUAGCGCUGGCAUACAUGUGGAUACACUCAUUUUGCUUCUCCACAGUGGCCACCUGCCGCUCCUGGGUCGGCUACCAUCAACUUUACGCAUCGUGCACACUCUGCAAUGUCAGGGCGAAGGCAGCCGGAACGCAGUUCAUCAUUUUCACCGUGGCUUGUCACUCUCUCACUUUCCUCCUCACGCUGAUCGUGUUGUGUGUAACGUAUCUGAAAGUGCUGAAAGUUGCAAGGUUUCACUGUAAACGCAUCGACGUGAUCACUAUGCAGACGCUGGUGCUGCUUGUGGACAUUCACCCCAGUGUGCGCCAGAAAUGCUUGGAUGAGCAGAAGCGGAGGAGGCAAAGGGCCACCAAGAAGAUCAGUACGUUCAUCGGCACAUUCGUGGUGUGCUUCACCCCUUAUGUCAUUACAAGAAUUGUAGAGCUCUUCUCCCCAUGGCCCAUAAGCCCUCACUGGGGUGUGCUGUCCAAAUGUUUGGCCUACAGCAAGGCAGCCACCGACCCAUUUGUCUACUCGCUGCUCCGUCACCAGUACAGGAAGACCUGCAUCCUUCUCACCAACAAAGUCCUUAAGAGGAGUCCACUCAACUCCUCCUCCCUCUGGAUGGAGAACAGCGUAGGGAGGAUCACCAACAAUUCCAACACAACUGACAACAUCCAACCACCUACCAACAAGCCACUUGGCCAGUGAAGCUCAUCACUUUCAGAGACAAUAAGGGUACUUUGCCAUUCUAAUGGUGUCUUGGAUUCGAGAUCUUACUUUGAGGUUAACACUCGUGAGAAUGGGGGUAUGAGUAGAUUCACCUCCACUGGUGGUGAACAUCAAAGUGAUCUUUUCACCUAAUUAUUUGUUGGCGGACAAGGCUGGCAAUAGUCUAUAUUUUUCUUAUUGUAAACAAAUCCCACUUAAGACCAAAACAGACAAUAUUACUUCCCCAGCCUGUCUGUGGAACCCCAAACUCAUGUGUUCCUACCGAGGACAUAAGUCUUUAAAAUAGGUCACAAAUAAAUACCCUCAAUUUAAAAAAGGCUAAACAAUUUUCUUAAACAGCUGAUCACUGCAGUUGUUUGCAACAGUUCCUAAAACAGCAGUAAAUUUGGUACUAACUACAGUGCCCACCUUUAUGGUAAUGAAGGACCAUGUCACCCAGUGCAGCAAUAUGGCUCAUAGAUGUGUUUUAAAUAGUUUUUGAAUAAAAAUUCAGUUCCAAAGCAAAGAUGAAUAAUCUAUAUAAGACUUAGGGAAAUAAUUGUCUGUAUGAUCAAUGCAUUGUAAAGUUAGAAGGUACUUUAAAGGAGAAUAGACUGACCACCUUUGUAGGUUGUGUGUGUAGGUUGUAAUGGUAUUAAGUAUUUCAAUACAAUGUAAUACUGUCUUUUUCUUCAAAGAGUGACCGUUUCUAAUGAGAUAAUUUGUAGCAUACUGGUAAAUGUGUGUUAAAUAGCCUGUAUAACAUGGGCAUUAUGGUGACUAAUCUGUUAAUUGUGUCAUUAAAGGCAGAAACUACAAUCCUAAUGUUAAGAGGAGUGUCGCCCUUAAACGUCAGGACAGAGGUGCUGUUAUCACUCCCAAAUGGAUUAGCAGGUCUGUGUGGACUAACACUAGACAACGACUAAAUCUUAAGCAUUAACAUUCUUUGAUGCUGUUUGGUCAAAUCAGUAACUUAUUAACUCAAGAGUAAAACCCCGUGUAUUUUCAUUACGUCAAGUAUAGUUGUAGCCUACAUUAUAUGGUGUAUAAAAAUCACUGGUUUAAAUGUAAGAAGGUUUACAUCCCACCUAAAAUGAAUGGCAGAAUUUCUGAAAUUCAAGCAUAACCUCUGACCUCAAGGAUGAUUCUCUAGCUGGAUAAAUUAGUAUAUGUGUUAAAGGGAUAAUAUAAAGGAGAUGGUCAUUUUUGAAAGUACAGUCAUGUUGUUUGCACACCAGUGUGCCACACUGAUGGUUUUGAAAUGACUGUAUGAUGUGAGGCCUGAGUUCUAAAGUGCCUUUUAGACUAUGAGCUCUCUGAUUUAAUCAAGACACCACAGAGGAAACUUUCACAUGCUGUCAUUUCUUGCUGUUCUGUGCUGUGGUUAAGUGUGAUGAUAGAGCCUGUUAUUCAGUUUGGUCACAUUGUUGCAUCGGGCAAAACAGGGUAAAAUAUUAUUUGAAUGUAGUAGCAACUAUUCAGUGAUGUGUAAAUAACAUUCCAGCUCAUGCCGAAUGAGCGACUUUAAAAAUGAGUUUGAUCAUUUUGACAGCACUGGCAAAUCAGGAUGUUGUGUUUUUAUUUUACUGUGACAAUAUGACGCCUUCAAAGGCUUAAAAUCUAUUUAUUUUUGUCAAAACUGUGUCUGAUCUUUGCUAAAUACAUUUGUGAUUACAUUGCAAUAAAUGCUGUGCAUUUUGGCAUUUUAAAACAUCACCAACUGUCCGCAGUCAUUGCUACAUGACCUGAAACGAUGCCUAGACAUUUGAGCAAAUCUCUACUUCAAUAAUGCUUUACCAAAAAGACUCUUAACACCUUUAUUCUACCACACUGAUCAAGUCAAGGAGAAGGAAUAAUUAAUUUGAAAAAUUAUUUAAGAUGUGUUCCACCCACCAUUGCUGCCGUUGAUGUGGCAGCAGAACAAAGACUUUUUACAAAAGCUUCGGGGCUGUGAGUUAAAGGCUUUUUUAAUUGUAGAGCUGCUAUAGGGAGUGGGAAAAGAAGAAAAGGAGCAAAGAAAAAGAGAGGAAAGUAGGCACUACCUCACCAAGUUCAUGCAGCUGUGACAGUAAAAGAUUCUGGGAAUAUAUAAUAUAAAUAUAAUAAUUUGAUACAAAUCAAAAGUUUCACUGGGAACCAUCUGUUGUACGUCCAACUCAAGUAUUUAUCGCAACUUUCUUCAUUUACCUUGUCCAUUAAACAGAUGUUGGAAAUGACUCACUCUGAAGAUUGAAGUCACAAACGUCACACUCUCAUUAACUGUCUGCAGCAGCUGAGUUAAAGUCAAAACAUUAGUACAUCCACACUGGGCCUAUUAAAUGUGUCUAUGCAGUACAUCAUUAAGUAUUUUUUAAAAAGCACCCGUCCAUUCAUCUAUCCUUUACAAACUCUGGUUAACCUCCUUUGUUCCUUUUACCCACUUUGAUAACAUGUGCAUGAAACAAUAUCUGUUCUGUCUCUGUCAAAAACAUUAUUAUUCACCAAGGGGGACAAAAGUUGCGUUAACAUAUCACUGUAUUCAGUCGUGCAUGCCAAUCAAGGACAAUUAGUGGAAAGUGCUCAGAAAGUUUGGAAGGAUUCCCAGUCUGAAGGUGUGCGUACAUCCAAUCUCCUUGGGAGACUCGAUGAGUGGGUGGGUGGCAGACGCAAACCUGCCAUACACAAAACGCUUUCCACAGACCUUGUGAUUAAGCCACAGCGCGUAGGAAGUACAAGAAUGCAGAGGAGGAAGGCAGGGAAGACGGUUGCACUGGCUGACUUCACACAACCCCGAUGUCAG